UUCACAGGUUAGACACAAAGACAGACAGCUGCAGCCGACACUGAAAGCCCUUACAGAGCUGCUCCACAGACUUUACCAUGCGGUUCAACGCCUUAUUCCUCCUGCUGAUCUUUUCUUGUCUCUGCUACACUUUGGCACAAGUGUCCUAUGAGGACUGCUGUCUGAAGUAUGUGAAGAGUCUUCAGAAAAAUGUUCAAAAGCAUGCAGUCAAGUACCGAAUCCAGAAGGCAGAUGGCGGCUGCAACAUUCCUGCUGUAAUCUUGAUCAUGAAGAGGGGACGCAAGUUUUGUGCAGACCCCAAUGAGAAAUGGGUCAAGAACCUAAUGGAGAAGAUUGAUGAGAAGAAUAACAAUACUUUCAAAAAGCAUUCAAGGCAUCCAAAAAGAGGCUGAGGAGGACAGCGCCCCCACAGUGACACAACCUUGAUCUUCUGGCUCUUUGCCGCUUUAUAACAGGGCAAAGAGCAGCUUUUAUGAGGAUUUUAUGGAGUCUGAAUGGAAGACAAGUCAGGAGGCUGGCCGAGAAACUUUUGCAGCUCUGCUUUUGCUUUCACUCAGCGUUAACAUAACAGGUCAAAAGCUACUCCAGAGUUGCAGCAGCACUUUGCAGUUAACAGUCAGACCCUUGGAGCUGAUAAGACCACCAGAGAAUAUAUUCACAGAACACACAUUCCAAUGCAUGGCUACUUCAGAGGAAUCCUUUGCAACUGUUCUCUUGCCAUCAAAUAUUAAAUAAGCUGUUUGAUUAUAAAAAGGUGAUGAGGGUAAAUUAUGCGUUGAUGAAAUAUGUAAUACAUCUGCAAUGUACCCAGUUCAAUUAAGUAAUUAUAUGAGUGAAACUGUUGUUAUGAUUACUUUUUAGGGCUCGU